GCACCGGACGGGUGUAUUAUAGAUGCGCAUCCAAGCAGCCGGGCGGCGGGGGCCACUGGACGGGUGCAAUGUGACGGGUUCAGGAGCGACUAGGACGCAGCCUUAACCGCGCAGGAGGGAGGGUUUAACCAUUAACCACCAUUAACCAUUAAAGCAGCUGUGCAGAGCCGGUACCGUACAUAAGGCGUGCGCACCGGCGUCCACGCUUCAGCCUGAGCGCGUUACAAGAGGUGGAGGAUCCAUCCAGCCAGACGCACCAAGUUCUUGCGCCGUUAUUGCUCAUCACUCCGGUCUGGACCGCUGACACUAAAAGGAGACUGUCGACUCUGGUUGGAGGUUCUUUUCCGCAGCCGGUAAUUCAAUCCUCAUACUGCAGACCUUUAAAUAUCUCCUUUGAAAACCUGCUAGCAGCCACGUGGUGUAAGGUGAGACAUUCGCAGCCCAGUACACUGACCAGUUUGACAUGAUCAGUGGACUGAGAGCAUGACUAGUCUGCAGUGCAGUCUGACCACUUCAGACCUCUGAUUUAAUUUUUGCUGUAGUCAACUUUAAAGGACUGUUCACAAGUGACAAGAGGGGAUUUCUGUGGCGAAUCCCCAAGCCAAUAGAUUUUCUUUCCCUUCUGUUUUGAACCAGUAUGCGUUCUUCUUUUUUUUGCCGGCUUACUGUGAGCACCUUGCAGUGAAUGGAGAACAUACUGGUUCUGCUCCCGAAGCACCGACAGGAACACGGGCUCUGCAGACGCACGGCUGCAUGUGCCUUGCUGCAGGUUUCUUCCUACAGAGCAGUUUUCUCCUGGUCUUUAAUACCGACCCCCACUCCCUCCCACAGUCGUCCAAAGGCUUCCGCAUGGUACUUUGGUCGAAAGAACAAGACAAACUCCCCGACAUCGACAUGUCCUCCGGGGACAUUGAGGUGAAAAAGGAGGGAGGCCCCCUUACCCCAGCCUUCCUCAACUCCAACUGCUCCGUCCACCCAGUGAUCCUCACCAAGGGUUCUGAGGAGGUGAGCCCAGGGACCGGGGGCGAGUUUGAGCUCACAGAGGUCACAUCCUUUACAGAGAGGGCCAGUGAGACCAGGGAGGAUGAGGAGAGGUCAGAGAUUGUGGUGGCAAUGGACUGCCGGGCCAAUGCCAAAGGUCAACGGGAGGAAGACGCUCUCCUGGAGAAUGCAAGCCAGAGCAACGAGAGUGAUGACACCAGCACCGACCAGAGCCCAGAACCACCGCCGCCCCUCAAGGAGACCUCCUUCUCCAUCGGCCUGCAGGUGGUCUUCCCCUUUCUGCUGGCAGGGUUCGGGACAGUGGCAGCUGGAAUGGUGCUAGACAUUGUCCAGCACUGGACGGUGUUUACGGAGGUGUCAGAGGUGUUCAUCCUGGUUCCAGCACUGCUGGGGCUCAAAGGCAAUCUGGAGAUGACCCUGGCCUCUAGGCUGUCCACAGCGGCUAAUAUUGGUCAGAUGGACACAGCCAAGGACAUGUGGAAGAUGGUCAUGGGAAACUUGGCCCUGAUCCAGGUUCAGGCCACAGUGGUGGGGUUCCUGGCCUCCAUAGCUGCUGUGAUUUUCGGCUGGAUCCCAGAGGGACACUUCAGGCUGGGCCAUGCGGUGCUGCUGUGUGCCUCCAGUGUGGCUACUGCCUUCAUCGCCUCCCUGCUGCUAGGGCUCAUCAUGAUCGGCGUGAUCAUUGCGUCCAGGAAAGUUGGCAUCAACCCUGACAAUGUGGCCACGCCCAUCGCUGCUAGCCUGGGGGACCUGAUCACUCUGUCCCUGCUGGCAGGCGUCUCAACAGGACUGUACAAGGAACUAGAGUUCAACGACUAUGCCAGUCCGCUGGUGUGUGUGGUGUUUGUGGCAUUGUGCCCCCUUUGGGUGCUGAUAGCCAGGAAGAUCCCGUCCACCAGAGAGCUCCUUUACUCCGGCUGGGAGCCCGUCAUCAUCGCCAUGGCCAUCAGCAGUGUUGGUGGUUUGAUACUCGACAAGACUGUCACCAACCCGAACUUUGCUGGAAUGGCGGUCUUCACCCCGGUCAUCAACGGUGUGGGAGGUAACCUGGUUGCGGUCCAGGCCAGUCGAAUCUCCACCUAUCUGCACAUGAAUGGUCUACCCAUGGGGGAUCCUAACCCCACCCCCAGGAAGUGCCCCACACCCUGCACCUCCUUCUUUGGCUCCUCUGUAAACUCUCGUUCGGCCCGUGUGCUCUUCCUCUUGGUCGCCCCGGGUCACCUCGUCUUCCUCUACACCAUCAACUCUCUGAGGGGGGGCCACACCACCCUGACAACCAUCUUCGUUACCUUCUACCUGGCUGCUGCUCUACUACAGGUGAUAAUCCUUCUCUACCUGGCAGACUGGAUGGUGCACUGGAUGUGGGGCCGAGGCAUGGACCCCGACAACUUCUCAAUCCCUUACCUGACUGCUCUGGGUGACCUGCUGGGGACCGGCUUCCUCGCCCUCUGCUUCCACAUGCGCUGGUUCAUUGGGGACCGAGACUCUAACGUGGGCAACUGAAUGCAUGCACAGACAGAGACACAUGCACAGAAAACAGAAAACACUUCACAUACUGUACGCUUGCACACAUGGACAGUGAUGAACGUCACCCAUAUGCCUGCACUUAUCUGAAACUGGACAUGUCUACAUUAAAAGGGCUAAUCUCCUUUAGGGCUCUGAUCGACGGUAUAGUGUAGCGUUGAUGUGUCAUCUUCAGUAUAUCAGGACGCAGAGGCACCGCAGCAGCCCACAAUCUGGACAGUAUCAUGUGUUUCACAUUAGAAACAUGGACACAUAUCUCCACCUCAUCCACCGAACAAAAGUCCACUUGACGGAUCUAGCCCCACAGACUCAGCUCCUCCUCCUUUAUUUUACUUAAUAACGGAGUCCUACUACUUUUGAUAUUGUUAUACUAUGGACAAUGAUUAUUGAUGUUGGUAAAUAAUGCAUUUGAUAUGAAACGAUAUCUAAUCUAUGUGCAAAGUCAGUCCUCAUUAUUUUCAAUGGGGACGUUACUUCCCAUUUUUAAAGAUCAAGUUUUAACACUUGAUGACAAAAGACAGCAAAAAAUAUAUCCAAACAAUCUGAGAAUGCUUAAUCACCAAGUGCUACGUCUUUUAUACAGACUGAAAUCACAUAAAACGCAAAUUCAUGUCAUUUCUGAUUCAGCAGAGCAUUGAGGGCUAGCUGUCACCUCUGUUUCACUUUGGACAGGCGACUGGAACACAAACAUACAAACUAAGUCCCUUUUUGGCUUCGCUGCGAUCAGAAGGCUUCACUGGAGUCAGAACAGGAACCUGAUUACUGCGCUUACUUCAUUCCCCUCAGUUCUGGGCUUGAGAAUUAGGAAUUUCAGAACUGAAGUCAGAUCACAAUACAACAAACACUUACAUCAGGCGCUCGAAGAACGGAUUUACCUCUGAUUUUGUUAGUGGCAGAGAAUCACCUAAUUAACACCUAUUUAAAUGUUUCUGUAAACAAGGAUUGUGUGUUGAUUCAUUUUAUUCCUCAGACUUCCACAAAGGUUCCACUGCUUCCUUUUUUGGCCAGAUCUUCUAAAAGCUGCCAUAGUGAAAUGUCCUUAGUAAGAUUUUUUCUUUGUUUGAGCAAACACACAGAGCCAGUGGGAAACCGUAUGUGUAAAAUACAACUAGUUAGGAACGUGUCGGACACACAAAAACACACUCGUGGUUUGUUGCAGCACACCAUGCAUGGGCUGUACCAGGUGAGAAUAGCAUCAGUCCCCCUUUCUGAAAACAUCUGCCAUCUCACUAUUGGAGCAGGCUACUUGUUGUUUUUGUGUUGCCCAAGCCAGGCUUACAGUAAGUGAAAAGAAGGUCAACAUGCUGGCAGCAUGCGAGCUCAGCCAGCAUGGGACAAAGUGUGAAAUUGUGUUAUGUUGCCUUAGCCAGGAUGAGCUCACCCAGUUUUAGCUGUAGUCUGACACCAGAUCAAAGGUACUGACUGCUAGUAUUUACUGUGGAUAUUAUCUAUCUUUAGAUAUCUCUAUAUCUUUUAUUUUGACAAUUUAAAUUCCCACAAGUCAUUAGUUAGAUGUUGAAUACUUCCAGUGAAAGACCAAUGAAUUUGUUUGAGGUUGGUUAACAGAAAGUGAUGUAAAAGGUUCUAGUAUUUUAGUUAGUAGUUAAAGCUGUCUGUCACUUCACUUCAGUGGAAUCACUGCGGUCAGUGAAAAUGUUUCGUGUUGAGACUCUUUGACAGUGCUGACCAUGGAGGACCAGAGGAGAGUGGAGGUAGCUAUCAUAGCUUAUCAGCUGUGUUGCUGCAUCCACUUUUUGUUCCUGUGGACGUUUUUUUGGUAGAUGAAUAUCCCUCGUCUGUCACAGUGUAAACAGCUCCACACACGAGGAGUGGUUUGUAGUUGAUGGUAGAAAUAUAUGUUUUUAAAUGAACUGUGUGAACUUAUUCUCCUGUUAGGAGAAUGUAAGUUCUGAAAGCUAACGUGUCAGUUAGCAAGCCUAUUAGGGAACCGGAGGCUGCUAACAUAUUAUCUGUGUCACAUCAUCCAGUUCUAUACACCUCUGCAUAUGAGAUGCGUGUGUUUCCUUAGAUUUAACUUCUUAGUGAGCACAAGCAGUCGCCAGCUUCCACCACCUCUUUCUCCAGGACACACACAUUCACUUUGUUGUGCUGGUUCCUGGUGUGAUUCUUCAGAAUCUGUGGCGUGGGAUAGAAUAAAAUUCUAGAAACGUGUUGGGUUUUUUUGUUGUCACACACAAAUAUUAAUUAUACCAACUAUGAGUAAUCACUCACUUUACUCAGUGAAGGACUGUACGGUGUUUAAUCAGUGGGCAAAAUGUUCGUCUCACAGAGUGUUUGUGGACUUACAGGUGAGGAGGAAGAGAAUGAAAAAGGCAGUUUUGAGCCAUUUUGACAGACCGUAACAAGUACAGAUGUUAGCCCAGAGGCAAAGCCCAGAGUCUUAGGGGGAUCCUGCAUGUGAUGCUUGACCUGUUAGUGUGUGACUUCUGUGCUGUUUGGAAGGGGCCAGCAGAAUGCAUGUGCAGGGCACAUAUAGUGAAUGUGCAAAACUUAUUAUAUUAUUAUUUUAUCAGUUCAAAUCUUUUGUUUUGGUCUGACUGAUUUUUUAAAAACCUGUCUCUUAUCUUAUUUUUUUCUAUUCCUUUUCUCCUUUCCCUAUUUUUUUUAAACUCUUCAUGAUUUUUGUUAUGUGUCAUGAAUUUCAUCAAACAAACAACCACUGUAAAGAUGAAGCAGUUUGUUGGUAAAAUGCACACAGUACUGUAAUCUGUAAACCGGACAGCAGAGGGCACUGCAGGAAUUCUCUUCACUCUACAAUGCUCAGUGCAUCUCUGUGUCCUCCGGAUUCAAACCCACACAUGUCCACCCAGAGUGACAUUUGUUUUGUCUCCUUUUGUCUCUACGGUGUAUGAAUUGUUGUACAGUUGCAUCUUUCCGUCUGUUCACUCAGUCUGUACCCUCCACCCUCUCACUGAGCAGGUGCCAGCGUUCUGCCUCUAUGUCAAUGGAAAGUUGUGAAUACUUCUGUAAGGGGGCACGUAAUGCUUUGUCUAUUUAUUUUUAGAAGCACACAAAGCAAAUUGUACAUACUAUAUUUAUUCUAUAUAUAAGGUUGUUUAUUUUGUCAUUUCAUUUUGGCUCUGUUUCUUUGACACCAUGUGGUUCUCAUUUGUCUCUUCUUUUUUUUCUUUGCAAAAGGCCAGUAGAGCUUUUUGAUGCUUACCGCAAUAGAAUGGCGACGAGGCUAAUGAAUAGCACAGUGCCUAAUACCAGUCUUUACACACCUCACACAUAUGUACACACAGUCUGUCUCACACAAGGAAGCAUAUUAUAAGAUAUAGAUUGGCCUUAACCUAUCCGAGCCAAGCUCAACUCAGAGUAACCAAUCAGGAGCUCGGUUCGCCACAGAGUAGAGUCUCUUUAAUUAGCUUUGAUUAAUAAAAGAUCUACAGUAAUUUGAUUAUGAUGUGAAAUGUAUUAAUGACUUUAUAUGAGGCAGCAGGGGAGAGGAGGGCUGGUAGCCUCUAACGGUGGAUCUGUAAAAAUCAGGACUUGGAGGCUGAAAACCUUGACUGGUUGGACAGGGCGUCUGAAAGGUCUGGAGUUGAGUUGAGCACCAACAGAAGUAAGAUUUUAACCCACAAACACCUGAAAAGACAAAGUGCACCAUGAAAAAAUGCACUGAUGAUUCCAGAUGUUAAGAAUCCCCAGCCUUUAAAACCAUUCACCCACCCACUGCCUUGCUAACCUCAGUGCUACAAACCCCUGAGCCCCUGAACUCCCAGGGAACCACACUGACCCUCUGGCAUGGCACGGCCGAGCCUUCCAUCAGACUUCCACCGGUCUAAGUCAGCUGUGCUACCUCUGACAGACUGGACCUGAUGGGUCCAGUCUUGCUGGGGCCGAGGUAUUUACGGUCUCUGUGUUCUUCCUGUAAAAGCCCUCCCUCUGUGAGGUGGGAGGAAGGCUUUCUCCCUGCAGGACUUUUGCUGGAAAUAAAGGACUAUGUUAUUUCAUACCAUU